GUCGGCAUCGUCGGCGGCGGAAUCGCUGGCCUCUACACUGCUCUGCUCUUGAAGAGGGCCGACCCGGACAUCAGCUUUCAUAUCUUCGAAGGUACUGAACGUGUCGGUGGUCGCGUCCUUACGCACUACUUCUCGCACGAGAAGGAUCAGUAUUUCGAAGCGGGCGCGAUGCGCAUCCCUGAUUCUGCAGCGCACCGUAUCACCACUGAUCUCGUCGCCUAUCUCAACGAGCACAACGACCGCGACCGCCCCAAGGACGACAGGCACGUUGAACUCAUCAAGUACGUCCUCAAGUCGCAGGGUAACCAGACCUACGUCAAUGGGAAGAUCAUAGACCGUGGUGUCAGCGCUUCAGGGGGCGAGAGCCUGUCGGCCAAAGCGAUAGGCUGGGAUGUUCCCGCUUUCUACGCAACCUCCACCGCAGCAGACCUCCUCAAAAACGCGAUCCAAAAGUUGAUGGACGAUUUUCCUCUCAAGAGGGCCCUUGACGAUGGGUUAGAGAAGUUCGAAUCCGUUUUCCGUGCCUUAGCCCAGAAAUGGGACACCUUCCCAUUCCGCGCCUACCUGCAACACGUCGCAAACUAUCCACCCUCUGUUAUCGACUUCAUCGAAACCAUGGAGUCUCAAACGAACGAGUUCGCCCUCAGCGUCCCCGAGAUGAUCAUGCAGAAUCUCGACUUCGGAGAGGAGAACUGGAAGACCAUCGCCAACGGUAUGACCUGUCUCCCUGAGGCAAUGCUCGCUAUGAUCGGCAACGAACACGUAACGUUUGGGGCCCGCGUCAACUCGGUGCAGCCGAAGACGUGUAGAGGUGUCGACUUUGUUGAGAUCACCGCGACAGGGUACAACGGGAAGAUCGUAGCAGCUUUCGACAAGGUCGUGCUCGCCAUUCCUCCCGCCGCACUCAAGAUGAUCAUCGCUCGUCCGAUCUGGACGCCGGCGAAGGAGAUGGCGAUUCGAUCCAUGCACAUCGAGCUGCUGUACAAGAUGGGCAUGCGUUUCAAGAAACGGUUCUGGGAACUAGUAGAAAACCCGUCAAGGGGUGGUCAGACUACGACAGACCUGCCCAUCCGCUGGAUUGUCUUUCCUUCGUACGGUAUUCAGUCUUCCGCGAACGACGGCUCCAAAGGACCAGAGGGUGUGCUUCUCAUAUAUGCAUGGAUGACCGACGCCGCUACCUGGCUUCCUCUGACCCCGCUCGAGCGCCGAAGCCUUGCCCUCGAUGCUCUAGAGAAAGUUUACAAAGGGCGUCUUGCCGACCUCGAGGAUCCUCCCAAUCCCAAUCUCACCGUCACAGACUUGCUCAUCGAGACGUUUGACGUUGUCUGGUCAAGUUCAACAGCGACGGGGGCCGCCAUGUUUCUCCCAGGGCAGUGGCUGGAUAGAUUCGACGCUUAUCGGGCUUCUGAAAACGAUGGACGAAUUUUCUUCGCCGGGGAGCACCUUUCGUUUCAUCAUGCAUGGAUAUCGGGU